AUGGUCGGCACGUCUACGUCCGCGCUCGCGGAAAAUAUCUCCAUCUCGGGAGUCCAUGUGAUCCUCCAGGAGGAGUAUGUCUGCCACCGGGCCUAUCUCGCCAUGUAUGUCUUCACUUCCGCGACCAUGCCACUCCCCGCAGUAGUUGGUAUGCUAUUCAAUCACCGUGCCGUCGGACCUGAUGUCCUUGGCUAUUGCUCCAGUUUGGCUAGUGAUAAUCCCUAUAUACGUGUACCACAGGGUGGCAGCGCACUUGAUGGUAUGGAGAGGGCGAAGUUAUUGCGCAAUUUACAGGUCAGACUUAGUGAUGUGGGUUAUAUUGUGUUUACGGAUGCUGGAAUAGCUGUGAGACUUGUGAAAGAGGGACAAGCUGGAAUCUAUCCUCCAUGUCAGGGCUUCCAACGAGGCGUAGUACUGUACAAUUGGGCGAUUUUGAGGCCUGUACAGAGACGCAAGAUUAAGGUCUAG